AUGGCUUUCAACAACAGAAUCUCUUCCUUCAGCUCCAACGACAGCGGCUACGAAAGUGGUAUCGUCGAAGUCUUUGACGAACCUCGCCGUCCAGUCAUCAAGAACCCUGAUCACGCCAAGGAAAUUGCCAGACAUCGUCAGCAUCUGAUGGCUUCAGAGAUGUCGAGAAGAGACGCAGACGAAUAUCAGCAGGACAUGCUUGAGCAUAUGCUUAAGAUGGAUGCUGAGACCGUACCAGACGUCGACGCGAUUGACAUUCAAACAGAGAUCCAGUGGUACAUGAGGCCUUACCUUCUCGACUUCUUGGUGGAAGCCCACACGGCGUUUCAGCUGCUACCGGAAACUCUCUUUCUCACAACCAACCUCCUCGAUCGCUACUGCUCGAAACGGGUCGUCUACAAGCGACAUUAUCAGCUUGUCGGCUGCGCUGCACUGCUCAUUGCGGCCAAGUACGGAGAUAAGAAAGAAAAGGUUCCCACAAUUAAAGAGUUGAAGUCAAUGUGCUGUUCGCUCUAUGAUGAUGAUAUGUUCUUGCAGAUGGAGUGGCAUGUUCUGUCAACCCUUGGUUGGGCUAUCGGACAUCCCACUGUCGACGCGUUCAUGCGGUUGGCUGUGAAGGACAAUGUCUACGACCCGGAAACAGAAAGCUUGACUCUCUACAUCCUGGAGAUCGCCCUCUACCACCGAGACUUCGUGUCCAAACAGUCACACACCCUCGCCCUUUCAGCUCUUGUUCUCGCACGCCAUAUCCUCGGUCGACCUCAAGCUCGCCAAAACGAGUUUGGCUCUCACUUCUGCAGCAGCACCGUCAUGGAACUGUUGCAAAAGGUGCAGGAGCCCUCAGGCAUUUUGGCACGGAAGUAUGCCUCCGUGCGCUAUUCCGGUGUCUCACGAGUCCUGACCAAUUUCCUGGCUCAAAAGGCUGCCAUGUCUGCCUCUCGAGCUCCAUUGACUCCGACAUAUGACCUCAGCCCCCCUUCGGCAAUCACCAAGCCCGCAGGCCCGGAAUACUUCCAAACUUAUGCCACACCUCAAAAGCCACAAUUUCCACCCUUGGUUCAGCAUGGUCUGUACACGCCUCCAAUCACCCCUGAAGGGGACAUGUUUGGCGUAACACAGAAGACCUUCAAUGCCCCAAACCAGUGUGCCCCUCCCACACCAACUCCUACCACUGUAGGCCAGCAAUUCACCUCACAUUAUCCGACCUCAAGUCAGCAAUGGAGCGGCGAAUCAUAUUGA